AUGAUAUGGACUUGGAGGACAAGCCACAUAGCGAAUGUCAUAAUCAAUUUAUUGGAAACCAAGUUUGGAGAACGUGUUAUCUCACGAAAUGGUCCAGUCGAUUGGACGCCUCAGUCGUGCGAUUUGACGCCGUUAGAUUAUUUCCAGUGGGGCUACGUCAAGUCUAUGGUCUAUGCGAACAAGCCAGCGAUGAUUGAUGAACUUCGUACGAAUAUCGAACGUGAAAUUGCAGUAGUAUCGGCCGAUUUAUGCUUGAAAACCGUCGAAAAUUGGGUUCAGCGUCUGGGCUUCUGCAAGCGUGCACGUGGUGGCCAUGCAAAAGAAAUCGAGUUCCAUACAUAA